GUUGCGUUAUAGAUAAUUCGCAAAUUCGUUGCAUUAAGGUGGAUAUGGAUUUCUUUAAAAAGCUCUUUGGAUCAAAGCAAAAAGGAAAGGCACAACAAAUGCCUGAAGAAGUAAAGCAGCCUGAAGAUGAAACUUCAUAUCCUGACAUAAUUUAUGACAAGCCGUGGAGAGAGUAUGAUUUUCUUGAAGAUAAUUGGGACAAAAAGUAUAGUGACACUUUGUUAGCGGAAAUAUACGAGACUACUGCAAAAUACGGAAGACUGAACAUCAUGAUGCUCGGGCAAGUACAGAGUGGAAAGUCUUCGAUAAUCAAUUCAUACUUUACAAUAACAGAGAAACGAAUUGCAUCAAGAACCAAAGUUGGAAAAGCUGACUCCUCAUUUUCACUUGAGUUUCAUGCUGUUCCCGGAGAAGGACAGUUAAAACAUAUAGUUUUUCAUGAUGUUAUGGGCCUUGAACUCGCUGAUGACCAAGGUAUUCAUAUGGAUGAUAUUUCAAGUGCUGCAAAAGGAAAACUGCAACCUGGAACUCAGUUCAAUCCACUGGCACCAGCGAAAGUUCAAGACGCAGCUGACGAUCGUGUGAUUCAUUGCGUAAUAUAUAUUGUCGACGCAGAAAAUAUCUUUUCAGAAGUUGUUGGAAGUUUUAAAAGCAAAGUGAAAAAAAUGGAAAACAUUCUGAAAAUUGGGCCCAACAGGAUGGUUAUCCUUACAAAGGUAGAUAACAUCAGCAACCAGGUAAAAGAUGAUAUACGCAAAAUAUUUAAAAGCGAAAAUGUAAAAAAAGCCGUUGAAAGUGCUCAAAACGUGUUUGGAGUCCCAAAGAACUAUGUUUUUCCUGUUAAAAACUACACAGAUGAGACACAAAUCCAAUCCUUCAAGAAUAUCCCUCUACUACUUGCCCUGCAACAAGCUGCGUAUUUCGGCGCCGAUUAUAUGCGAGGAAAAGAAGUCGAUAAUGCAAAGAAAUAAGGACCUAAUUUAAACAGACCAUAAUGUAUUUUGAGAAGAGUUUUGUUAGAAAUAAGUAUCAUCACGUAAAACGCCAUCAUUUUGCACUUGAUAACGUUAACAAUUGUACUAUUCCAAUGUGUUUGCGGCCGUUAAUUCUGUUUCAGUUGUGAAUAAAACUUAUGCCUCACCACGUAUAUUUUCAGUAAACCAUAUAUAUAUAUAUAUAUAUAUGUUGUAAAAAAAAGGACUUUAAUCACAAUAAAUACAUACUUCUACA